CUUUUUUAUGUAUCGAUAUCGCGAAAGCUUUCGUCAAUGCAGCCAACUUCAUUUUUAAAGAUCCGUUAGUUUUGGCUUGUGAAAAUUUUGAGAGUUCCAAUUUAAAUUCAAAACAACAAAAAAAAUAUGUGUGACUACGAGCACGAAUACUCCUUCACGUUUGAUGAGAGCACACUGGAAAAUGAGCUCAGUGGCCGCCCGUGGGACUGCGGAUUCGAGAGCAUGUGGCAACGCAUUGGUGAGGAGCUGCGGCGGGAACAGGAGAUCAACGAGCUGGAUCACAUAUUUCAGGAGAAGCUUAAGCUGCAAUGCUGCUCGCAAAUGGACUCGUGGAUGUAAAAAUCUCUCCCUAUAUAUAUAAUUUGUAUGUUCAUUUCGUUUAGUCAGCCGCAUUUUUGACAAAUGCGCUUUUCUUUAAGAUAUUUAAGAUAUUGUUUGUACAAUCGUCGUUUACUUAAAAACAGUCAAUAUUAACUUAUUUAAAUAACGUGAGAUAGGCUCCGAUCAAAAAAAUGUCGUUCAUAUUUUUUAAUAUAUUCGUUGUCCUGUGUUGCGAUUAUUAAUUCAAAUUCUCUCUGAUAAUUUAUAAUAAUCGAUCGCGAUGGACCAAGUUAACAAGCACUUAGAAAUGCUGUCAAUGUAACAAUAUAUGUAUUUCUUUCAUAUUAUACAUUAUAUUAUUAUUAUUAUUAAUAUUAUUAUGUAAUUUCGUUUCGACAGCAUGUUUGUGUUAAUUUUGUAUAACAACAAGUGAUCAGUAUUUAAAUCUACGAUCUCAUAUGUAGAAAAUAUACACAUUUUACGAAAGCUCAAACACAA